CUACGACGUGUUGCUUGUGUGCGAGCGUGCGCGCGCAGACCGACUAUCCCCACUCCAUCCCCACCGCCGCGGCACCGUCCGUGCUAACGUUCACGGCUGGGAACACUGUUCCACCCUUCCACCUUUAAAGCAAAAUUGUGAACCAGGUGUCAUCGCCAAGUUGACCUCUCCUUAAGUUCAAACGCGAAGUUGCGUAGGUCGACAAACAAUUAUCGUGCAUUCUGCAACUGCUGGUGCUGGGCUUUCGUACGUGGUUUCUACGAGUUACUACAGUAUUGUAAUCUGAAAUAGGACGAUCUCGAUGGUAAAAGCAUCCGCAGUGAGGUGUAUUGUUACUGCUACUCUCGGAACGAGAUUAAGCUCGGGAGAAUCGCGAGAAGGGCCGGAGGAAAAUGAUCGAGCACCAUUUUCCGCCGUUGAAAAACGAUCGGAUACUCAAGGCGGCGCGCGGGGAGCCGGUUGACAGGGUUCCGGUUUGGGUUAUGAGGCAAGCGGGCAGGUACCUGCCGGAGUUCCAGCGGGUCAGGGCCCAGCACGAUUUCUUCACCGUUUGCCAGACGCCCGCGUUGGCAUGCCAGGUGACGUUACAGCCGCUAGAACGGUUCGAUCUGGACGCCAGUAUAAUAUUCUCGGAUAUCCUGGUGAUCCCACAGGCGAUGGGCCUGAAGGUCGAGAUGGCACCGGGGGUAGGUCCAGUCUUGCCUCAGCCCUUGGCCGAUCCCAGCGACUUGGCGCGGCUCGUGCGACCGAACGUGAACGAGGCUCUAAAGUAUGUCGGAGAUGCUAUAACAUUGACUCGGCACAAGCUGGAUGGCAGAGUGCCGUUAAUAGGCUUCGCCGGAGCUCCUUGGACCCUGAUGGGCUAUAUGAUUCAAGGAGGAGGUAGUUCUACAAUGGCAAAGGCAAGGUCCUGGUUAUACAAGUAUCCGGAAGACACUCACAAAUUGUUACAGAUGAUCACGGACGUUAUUGUGGAUUACUUGGUAAUGCAAGUGAAAGCUGGUGCUCAGUUAUUGCAAGUAUUUGAGAGCAACGGGGACUAUUUGGACGAUGCGUUAUUUGCAAAUUAUUCAUUUAAAUAUCUGAAACAAAUCAGCGAACGUGUACGAAAGCAACUGAAAGAAACAAAUAUUCCAGAAGUGCCUAUGAUUGCUUUUCCGAAAGGCGCAACCAUGAAUUCCUUAAAAAUUCUUGCAAAGGAUCAGAGUUAUGAAGUUAUAGGCCUUGAUUGGACGGUAGAUCCUAAAGAGGCCAGAGAACAGCUUGGUCCUAAUAUUACAUUGCAAGGUAAUAUGGAUCCUUGUGCAAUGUAUUCUUCACAGGAUGAAAUUGUUGGUCGUGCGCACAAAAUGGUAUCAAAUUUUGGUAAAACUCGAUAUAUUGCUAAUUUGGGACAUGGCAUUUUGCCAGAUACUCCAAUUCCAUCCAUGGAGGCUUUUAUUAAAGGAGUGCAUUCCGCAUAAGUAUACGUUUUACAAUCAAAACGUUUGUUACAUGCAUUUGUUAUAAAACACAAUUAUUGUUGUUAAAUAUAUUGCAUUGUUUUAUCUUUUUCUUACGAU